AUGCCAGGACUAGUAGGUGAGACACAAAGUGCUUUUGUAAAAGGACAAAAGAUUCAUGAUGGGGCUCUUAUUGCUUGCAAAACAGUAAAAUGGAUUAAAAGGACGAAGAAGGAAGCGGUGAUAAUAAAGUUAGAUUUCCAGAAAGCUUAUGAUAGAGUCAAGUGGAGCUUUGUGGAUCUUGCGAUGCAGAAGAUGGGAUUUGGACGGAGAUGGAGAGGGUGGGUCAUGGAGUGUGUCAGUACAUGUUCCAUGUCGGCAUUGAUAAACGGCUCACCUUCUGAGCCAUUCAAGAUGGAAAGGGGUCUUCGGCAAGGUGAUCCACUAUCUCCAUUUUUAUUUGUACUUGUUGUGGAUGUACUACAGAGGAUGUUUGGGUAG